CUCUCUCUCCUCUCUUCUCUCCUUCUCUCUCCAUCAAUUCAUUCUCUACGAGUAAUACUACUGAGAUAAACCGUACACUGGUUUCUCCAGCAUCAUGAGCGAAGAAGAGGAGAGUUUUAUAGAAACGAACUCGGCGCAUCCAGGUCUUCUUGGCCCUGCAAAAUGUGGCGCACUGAAUUUGCAAGACAAACAAAAGCUAGUUCAAGAGAUUGCUCGACAAUCAAAAGAUGCCAGAAAUAUGCUCUACUCCUUCACCCGCAAGGAGCUUCUAGAAAUAAUUUGUGCUGAACUUGGCAAAGAGAGGAAGUACACUGGGUAUACGAAGACUCAAAUGAUAGAGUAUCUUCUUAAGAUAAUUUCUAGGAAAUCAAAGUUGCACAUAGUCCAAAAUAACAGUCACAUUGGUUCUAAAAGGAAAAGUGGACCUCCAUCUCAAGAAUUACAUUAUGUUCCUCUGGCGAAUAAUAAUAAAGGGGAAAAAGUAAAAUCCUUGCUGUGUCAGAAUGCUGCAUGCAGAGCUACUUUGUGUCCAGAAGAUGCUUUCUGUAAGAGAUGUUCUUGCUGUGUUUGUCAUUUUUAUGACGAUAACAAGGAUCCUAGUUUAUGGUUGACCUGUGGAUCUGAUCUUCUUGACGAGAAGGAUUCAUGUGGAAUGUCUUGUCAUUUACAAUGUGCUUUGAAUUAUAAGAAGUCUGGAAUUUUGAAGGGCAGAUUUAGUACAACGUUAGAUGGAAGUUUUUCUUGUGUUUCUUGUGGAAAAAUUAAUGGAUUAAUGAGGACAUGGAGAAAGCAAUUAUUGGUCGCAAAAGAAGCCAGAAGAGUUGAUAUACUGUGUUUACGGAUAUCCUUGGCUCACAGAAUUCUAUUAGGAACUGAGGCAUACAAAGAAGUACAUAAGAUUGUGGAAGCUGCUCUCAAGUUGCUUAACAAUGAAGUGGGGCCUCAGGAUCAGGAAUGCUUAAGGAUGACACGAGGCAUUGUGAACAGGCUCUCAUGUGGUGCUGAGGUUCAGAAGUUGUGCUCUUAUGCAGUUGAGCGUUUUGAUUCAAUGUUUCCUAACCUUUACCCUUACUCUGUGGAAAAGAAAGAUGAACCAACAUGCACUAUACGUUUUGAAGAGUGCCUUCCUACCUCUGUGGUCAUUGUGCUGGGGUAUGAAGAUCAUCUUUUAAAAGACUUUUUGGGCUGCAGGCUCUGGCACCGAACAUCGACAAUGGACUACUCUGAGCAACCUACCUUCAUUGUAUUAAGGCCAGAAAAAAAGUUUAAGUUGGAAAACCUCUAUCCUUCUACUGAGUAUUUUUGCAAGGCUUCUCUGUUUAGCAGCACGGGCAUUCUGGGCACUGCAGAAGCUAGAUGGGUCACCCCUUGUAAUCCCAGCGUAUCCCUUUUAAAAGUUACUAGAACUGGCAGUGACAGGGAUCAUAUAAGAUAUUCGCCUCAUGGAUCCUCUAUGACCACUCUGGACAUGCAUGGACAGGAAAAAUACAGGAUAGCUGUUGAAAAUCAUCACCGCAUGGAAUCUGCCAACUCUGACAUCAACUCAUUCUCUAGGGACCAUACUGCAAAACUUUUCUUCUCUGAUAACUUCAGGGCCAAGAUUGAAAGGUUCCUCCCAAAGCCUCCAUCAAUUGAAUCUCUUACAUCUAAAACUUUUGCUGCGGUUUCACCUCCCACACCUUCGAAAUUGGACAAAACGAGACAAGUUACAGGUUUGGGUGGCAGAAAGCGUUUGGAGGAAAAUGAUUAUGAGUACUCUGUCAGGGUAGUCAAAUGGUUAGAGCAUGAAGGUCACAUUGAUCAUAAUUUCAGAGUAAAAUUUCUGACUUGGUUCAGCCUAAAAGCUAAUCCACAAGAGAGAAGGGUGGUUAGUGCUUUUGUGGAUGCAUUGAUUGAUGACCCACCGAGCUUAGUUGAUCAGCUUAUACACACCUUCAUGGACGAAAUAUGUUGCGAGCAAAAGCCUUAGUGAGGACUUGGAUUCUGCACUAGGCCAUGCCAUGAUGGUUUUCAAUACUAAUAGGACGUCUAACUCUGAAGGAUUUGUAAGAGCAGUUCAUAGAUAUGGCUUUUCCUGAAGCUUUUUGACUUCCUGAUGUUUGAUUACGUAUGAGAUGCAUGAUGAGCAUACUGAUUGUGGGCUGCUUGUUGCCCCUGGGUACUCCAGGCAGUGUUUCUGAUUCUCAUAUUUGUCAGU